CACGAGUUUACCCAAUACAUGAUGACCGAAGAAGCACCGGAUUUCGAGGAACUUGCUCUCCCUGGUGGUAUUUCAUCGCAAGAUAGAAACGAUGACCUUCAAGUCACCCUUGUGGACUCCUACUACGGUUCUGCGAAAAAUAUGGACCUCUUCGCUUCUCAGGCUCGGUUAGUCGAGAGCAAUCGGCGACGCUUGCUCCUAGUUACCCCGGGACUGCUGGGUCUGCUGGUGAAUGUUUCGUCCAGCGUGGAACCAUUUGUGGUGCCCGCUCUAGCGAAGCCGCUGCUGCGAGCCAUGCUCGCGGACUGGAAAUCGGAGGCACUCUCGCAGGCAGCACCGUCAGGGCGAAUUGUGGACAAGCUGUCGCGCUGCUUUACGACGUGGAUCAAUGUCAGCGAGCCUUUGAGCGCUGAGGUGGCGGCUGAGGUCGUGAUCCUGGAGCCGCUAUUCCAGCUAUACAGAAAGAGGCUGGCCAAAUCCGUCGGAGACGACACCAUUCUGCACGCCAACCACACGAACCAGCAGCUUUUCUUUCACCUCUGGGCACACGGCCACUGUGGUAGUGCGGACGGGCGUGCCCUUGUCAACGUCGUGGCGAGGAACUCACCCCGAUUCGGCCGAGCUUUUCGAUGCCCGGCGUCCAAGGCGAUGGCGCACGAAGACACGUGUUCUCUCAAUAACCUAACGUAAUCGAAAGAACCGUGCUUCCUUGCUGUGUUUGGACGUGGCUGAAGCGUGACAAGAGGGACAAUGGGGUGUGCGCUGCUGGAGCUAUCAUUUCUAGGUGACGUGACUUCUAGCGAUAAACGAGUAUUUGUAAGAAGUUAAUAAAUUAUCUUAGCGUUAUCGGUAGAUUAUCGUUCUGUAUUGGGAUUUGUGGCACUAGAU